AUGUUUUUUAUGUUUGCAAUUUUUAAUCACUUGAACGAUACUGUUCAAGGGCUUCAUACUCAUAUAGGCGAACAUCCUGUAAGCAGAGAAUAUCUGCUUCGAUGCAUCCGAGGACCGUUCCUAUUUCAAGACUGAGGAGCAGAUACAACAGACUCUUGUGGUGGCAGUUCAAUAUACGAAGCAAAGGUAUUUAGAAAGCUCUCUGUCUCAACCAUCAUGACCAUGAAAAUGCACAUUAGAAGACCAUCGGGAACUACAGCCAUUAAAAUCCUGCUGGCGGUGGCCAUCAGUGGUUUCCUGAUGCUAGGAAUCUUCACAGGGGAAAUGCGGUUUCUGUCGGUGAUUAAAUCCUGUGCAAGGUUCCAAAAGUGCCCUUUUGAGCAUUAUGCCAACAGCGCUAUCCGGGUUCAGCCGCAGUAUGCCAUCAGAACUUCUGCUUCUGCCCCAGGCAGCAGGAUCAAAGGGAUCAUAUCUCCAAGAAGACCCAUGUACAUGCAGCUCAGGGAAGAGCUUGGUGAUGUGUGCGAGGAGGGUGAUAUUGAUCGUGGAUGCUACUGCCGGAAAGGGUUGAAUAUAUAUCCCCCAGGAAUCAAGCUUUUGAACGAAGACAUUCUGAGGAUGAGAGGAUGCAAGAAACGUAGGCCCGAUGUCAUCAUUCCAGGCUCCAUGAAGAGUGGCACCACGGCUCUCAAGGCAUAUCUGGAAAUCCAUCCAGCUAUUUCAUUCCCACUUACAGAACUGCAUUUCGCCAAUCGUCAUCUUAUAUACGAUGCAUACGCGGAUGUCAUGCCGUAUUCCACCCCCGAUCAGAUUGCAAUAGAAAAAACUGCUGGGUAUUUCAUCAGGAUACCAAUUGCAAAAAGACUACGGAAGGCAAUGCCUGAUACCAAGUUCAUCAUCAUUCUCCGUGAACCCAUAAACCGUGCAGUGUCAAACUAUAUGCAUAUGGUAGCUCGUAAUGAAUAUCAUGAGAUACAUAUCAACGAAAAUACUAGUGCUCCACAGUAUGAGAUUAAAUCCACCUUUCGUGAGUCGGUCCUCUUUCCGAAUGGAAGACUCAAGGUUGCUAAUCGUCUCCUUGAUUCGAGCCGCUAUGUCAAAUACCUAGCACAGUGGUACAACAUCUUUCCUAGAGAACAGAUCCUUAUCUUGGACGGGGAAGAGUUUAUUAAGGAUCCCACCCCAGUUCUCCAACAGGUCGAGGAAUUUCUGGGGAUCGAUCGCUACUUUGAUGAUACAAAGUUUUAUUUCAACGAGACGAAAGGUUUUAUCUGUCUUCGAGAUCCUUUUGAGAUGUGUAUGCGAAGUAACAAGGGGAGACAACAUGAGUUCGUCAGUGAUGACCUGAUGAAAAAGCUACAAGACCACUUUAGACCAUUUAAUAGACAGCUUGUAAAGGUCCUUGGACGAGAACUUAGUUGGACGAAAGCUUAUUGAAAUUAUGUAUUAUACAGUGCGUAUCAAAAAAGUUUACACUUAUAAAAAAUCCUGUAAUAUUAUACAUUUGUAUUAUCCUGAAG